AUGAAUUCGACAGGUACGCCGCCGUACGACAAUGGGGAUGUCGUAGGCUAUCUCGUGGACGAAGCCACGAUGGCCGACAACUGCAUACAACGCAUCAAAAUGCAGAUACAGCAAUGCACCGAAGAUCCCGAAAAACACUCGCGGUGCUUAGCAAGUCUAUCAGGGUACCAAAAGCUGCAACCGCACGACGCGGAGUUGCCUACCCGACUGGUGCGAGUGAUACGGACAGCAGGCGGGAGUACGGACGCGCGCCUGGAGAUCACGACGCCAGGGCAGCGCGGCUCGUAUGCGACGUUGAGCCAUAGAUGGUCUCAAGAGACGCACCGACAUAGAACCCUUACCUCGAAUCUUGCUGCUGGCGGGGGGGUCAAGAACGGCAUGAGCGGCCUUUCUAGACUAUUCCAAGACGCCAUCCUCAUAUGCGAUAAACUAGAUAUCGAAUAUAUCUGGAUCGACUCUAUCUGCAUCAUCCAAGACGACCUGGAAGGAGACUGGAAGCGGGAGGCGCUCAAGCUGGCCUCGUACUAUCAGAACUCAAUCGUCACCAUCGCCGCCACAUCCUACCACGGGGACCGGGGCUACUUCCAUCCCCGCAGCAUCGGCGCUGUGCCACCCGUCGUCUGUCUGCCCUACUUCGACCGGAGCGGUGUCCCGGACGGUAAGAUCUUCCUGCAGCCGAUGAGCGGCCGCGCACAGGACGCGGAAUACCACCGGCAGGUGACGACCGGGCCACUGCUCUCGAGGGGCUGGGUCUUCCAGGAGUGGAUCCUGAGCCGGAGGGUCCUCUGCUUCACCGAGUCCGGGCCGGUGCUCCACUGCCAGGCCGUCGGACCCACGUUCUCGGACGGCCACAUCGUCGCUGUCCCGGCCGACGUCGUCGCGUCGGAGAAGGCCUCCUCCGACGAUAGGGAGGGGGACCCCUUCCCGACGCGGAUGCUCGCGGCGGUCGACUUCUCCGACCCCAAACAGCUCGCGCUGGCCUGGGAGGAGAUCGUCCGGGGCUACACCGCGACGAACCUGACGAAACCCUCGGACAAGCUCAUCGCACUGGCCGGCAUCGCGAGUGAGUUCGGGGGCGCAUUCGACGCGACGACACGGACGUGUCUGGGACCGCACUCGGGCGCCGCUGCGAACUACGCCUGCGGGCUCUGGCUUUCCGACAUCUGCCGCGGACUUCUCUGGGAACGCGUCCAGCUCAGCGGAACUCCCACCCCGCCUCGCGUCGCCGGCUUCCCGACCUGGAGCUGGGCGUCAACCGCGGGGGCGGUCCACUGGCCCCGUCAGGAGGAUCCCGGCUUCCUGAGACCGACGUUGUACGACGUCCGCAGCCAGAUCCGGACAUUCGACAGGGUCAACGGACGGCUUGAGAGCCUGACCAGGCUGAUCGGGGCCAGGACCGUCGAUGCCUCCGCAGCCUUGGACAGUGGGACCGGGAGGACGGCGGCCGCUCCGCAAGCUAGAGAACAUACCUACCACGACACGUUCGCGUUUCUGGAACUGGAAGGCCUUCUGCAGCCGGUCACGGUGCACGGGUACUUCCCCUCGGACGUGGACGUGAACGUCGUCGGGACGAUCACCAACGUCUGCCCGCGGGACUGCAACCGCGGCUGGAGAACCGUGAGCCUGUGCGCCGCCGCCCCCGACGUUGUCGUCGGCUACGCGGCCGUCGAGCACCCGGACCUGCAGGUGGACGACAACGGGCCCCUAGGGAGCGAUAACCGGGUCGAGGUCUCGGCACUGCUCCUGUCGAGGGUCCGCCGUGUGAAGUACGGGGCUCUGAUUGGCAGCCUGCUGCCUUGGCACGACGUGUACAACGUUCUGUUCGUAAAGAAGGCGAAUGUGGCCGUUGGAGGACUUCGGGUGGAUGGCGGUGGUGGUGGUGAUGUGUAUGAGAGAGUUGGUUCGGGGAAGCUGUUUGGGAAUGACGUCGGGGACGCGUACCGUGCAACAGAGCGGAGGGUGCUGCGGCUUGUCUAA